UUUGCCCUCACUGUCCAUCCCCAACCGCACAUUUGAAUGAAAGAGAAGCCUUCGGCUGCCCUUAGUUUUCGUCACUUCCUUUCACGCUGCCCUCGUUUGUUUUGCACGGCGCUGAAGAAGAGACGCACAGAGAAAUUGACCUGAAUCAUGUCCAAACGAAAAGUGACUUUUCAAGACGGGGGAGAAGAUAUCGAUGAGGAAUUGCCUAAGAAGAAGUUGUGUGAGGAAGGCCCUGGCAGCAGGUUCAAAGGCAAGCACUCCCUGGACAGCGAUGAAGAGGAUGAGGGGGAUGAAGGAGGCAGCAAGAAGUACGACAUCCUGGACUGUGAUGACAUAGAAGGUCAGGAGUCGGCUACAAUCGAUGUGGACGAGGGGGUCCGGAUCACACCCUUCAAUCUGAAUGACGAAAUGGAGGAGGGGCACUUUGAUUCCGAGGGGAACUACUUCCUGAAUAAAGAGGAACAGAUUCGGGACCACUGGCUGGACAAUAUCGACUGGGUCCAGAUUAAAGAACGUCCCACUGUCCCCAGAAAUGUGGCCAAACUAGCCGCCAAGAGAAGGGUGGACGAGGAAGAAGAGGGGAAGGGGAAAAGAGGAGAGGAGGAGGAGGAGAAGAUGGAGGAAGAUGAGCAGGCGGAGGAAGUGAGAAAAGAGGCCGAGGCCGAAGACUCGGACUCUGAGGAGGAGACGCUGGGGCAGCAUGACCGAAAAGCUCUCAUCCAGGGCAUGAUCGGGCUCAUGUUGCCGGGAGAGACGGUCGCCAACGCCUUGCGGAGAUUGGGGGGGCUGAAGAAGGAGGGAACGAGGCAGUGGAGGAAGAAGAAAGGAGGAGAGGAGGAGGAGGAGGAUGGGAAGAAGAAGAAGAAGAGUGAAGGAGGAGAUAAGGCUCUUCUGGAGAGACUGACAGGACUGGCUGAUCGGCUGGUUGCUUGCGGGGAGUACGAAAUCUAUCAGCACACCUUCGAGAAACUGGGACACCAGAUCAAGAUCAUGGAGAAGGGGGGAGGAGGAGGAGGAGGCGGCGACGAAGAUGAUGAUGAAGACGACGACCUGGACGCCUUCGCCGAGAAGAUAGACGAGUCCAAGAACGGAGGGAAGGAGAAAGAGAGCGAGAGGGAGAGAAAGAUAGGGAUGGAUGAGGAAGUGAUGUGGGAAUACCGAUGGGAUAAUAAGGAAAACUCUGAGAUGUAUGGACCUUUCACCAGCCAACAGAUGCAGGGCUGGCAGGAUGAAGGCUACUUCCAGGAUGGGGUUUACUGUAGGAGAGUGGGGCAGCCUGGAGCCCAGUUCUACAACUCCAAGAGACUGGACUUCGAGCUGUAUACAUGAGAGAGAGAAACACAAUAUACAUACACA